AUGUGGAAACGGUCUUCUAUUCUUCUCCUUCUUCUAGUUGGAGCUUCUUGGGCGUUUGUUCCCGAUGAUCCAGAAUUCACAUUCUUCGAAUCGGAUGGUCCUGUGGAAGUUGCCAAGAGGUUCUUGGAUCGUAUCAAGAGAAGUGUGGAUUCGAGAGAUGUUGCUGUGAUCAGUGGACUUUUCAAUCCAGGAUUUGAAUUUAAUGGAUGCAAAGGAGAUUAUAAUAAAGCAAAAGUGGUCGGAAUCCUGAGCCAUCUCUCAGCUGGUACUUCAUUCUCCAUGACCCUUCAAUCCGCUGUCACCCUCGGAACCGAUCAAAUCAAGUACUCGGUAUCUGUCUCUGGGUUCGGACCAUCUCCAAUCAUCGCUGAAUUCAUUCUGAACAUCCACGACCAACAACUUCAUUCUGGAAGUAUUCCAGCUUGUCAACACUUGAUGGGAUUCUUCCGAAAAUUCAUCGCAAGCAUUCCAGAAGAACAAGUCAAGGCAUUCCUGGAUCGAUUGAAAGCUGCUAUCACAUCCAGAGACUCCACAGCUCUUCUGAAUCUCUUCCAACCUGAUUUCAAGUUCAUCGGAUGCAAAGCAACCUAUGAUCGAGAUCAAUCUGUUGAGAUGUUCAUGCAAAUCCCAGCGGAAGCUUAUCUGGCAUACACAUUCAAAUCAGUGCAAGACCUUGGAGAUUCAAUUAAGACAGUGGUAAUUGCAGAGGGAUUCAAAGCCACGAUUCAUGUCGAAUUCGAGUUUGUCUUGAGUAAGAAGGAUCAGAAAAUCGAGAAGGCUAGUAUGGUCUGCCCGAAAAGGCGUCGGCUUGUUACUGCUAAAUAUGGGAUCAAAGGACAAAUCGAUAACUUUUUAGAUGAAUUGACAAAGGAUAUUGAGACAGGAAAUGCCAUUUUGAUAGGCACACAUUUCGAUGAAGGAUUUGAAUAUGAAGGAAUGAGAGGAACCUAUAAUAAGCGUCAACUCGUCGGAAUCCUGUCACGUCUUCCUCACAACCACCAAUUCUCUUUCAAAUUACAUAAAAUCGGAUCCCUUCAAAAAGACAACAAAGUUGAUAUUGGUGUGACAGUCACCGGAUUGGGACCCGCUCCAUUCGAGACCUCAUUUGUUUUGGACACCAGAAUCUUCAGUCUGAAAAGUGGAAAAUAUCUGAAAAAUGAGAUAGGUUCUGUCCCUCGUAGAAAACCAUUAGGCACAGCUGAGGAAAUGGUUCAUGACUUUUUGGAUAGAGUUACGAAGGCUACGGCAUUGAAGAAUUAUGCAGAGAUUUCGGGACUUUUUGAAGAUAGUUUUGUGUUUAAAGGAUGCCGAGGAAAGUAUACAAAAGAACAAGUCAUCAAAAUACUUGGCAAACUCCCCGCAGGAACUAAAUUCACAAUUAAUCUGAUGGAAGUCAACGAUCAGGAAUCUACAGUCAAGUAUACUGUACAAAUCGUAGGAAUGGGAGCAAUGGACAUGCAAGCGGAAUUCGUUUUGAACAAAAAAACACAGAAACUGGUGUCCGGGGGAAUUCCACUUUGUCAAGACAGCCAAUUAGAUUCCAACUCGAUCGUUGAGCAAUUUUUGGCAAUAAUGCAACCGGCUGUAGAUGCAAGAGACGGCACAAAACUCGCCAGCCUUCUUAACGAUGAAUUCAAGUUUAACACUUGUAAUGGAUACGAAGAUAAAGCCGCUGCUAUCGCCAAAAUAACGAGUGCUCCAUCAAUGUUCAAAAUUUCGAUCAACUUCGUCUCUUCGAGAUUCCUGGCAAACGGACAAAUCGAAACGGUUGUGGAUAUCAUUUCGAUUAUGGGUAGAGAGCGUACCAUGUUUCUUCUGGAUUUGACCAAAAAUGUUCUCGUGGCUGGACAACUUUAUAAAUGUCCUUGA